AUGAGCUUAUUGUACAAGCUCGUUAUGAAUUCGCUUUACGGCCGGUUUGGUAUUCACCCCAAAAGCACGAAGACAGAUAUCGGUGGUAUCAAAGAAUACCAGUAUAGGAUGCGGCAAGAAUCAUGGUUAGACGGUGAUUAUCUUGGAAAUGACAAAUAUGUGCUAAGUUAUCACACUAAUAUGGACAAUACGAUUGAUCGGUGGGAUCCACCGAAGAACUCUGCUAUUCAGCUGGCUGCAGCUAUCACAGCAUGUGCUAGGAUCUAUAUGUACAAGUAUACAUCAAGAGAAGACUGCUACUACACAGACUCUGUCGUUCUAGGCAAUCCUCUACCUGAGGAAGUCGUAUCUUCUUCCAUAAUAGGUAAGUUUAAGUUAGAAGCAAGAAUCAAGAAGGGAUUCUUUUUGGCUCCUAAGAGCUAUUACUACAGCUCGAAAGAAAAAGGAGACGUUAUUAAAUACAAAGGUGCAGCUAAAGAGCAUGUCGAUGCUAAAUGGUUUGAGACUCAGUACAAGCAUCCUGAAAACCAACUAGAGCGGGAAUUUGUUUCCAAUUUCAGGGUGAAUAUUAAAAAACUUUCAGUAUAUAAACGCAAAGGAAAGGUCACCGUUGCAUUAGCAUUGAACAACAAAAGAAUGCUACUCCACAUUGGUGGUAAAUGGGUGGGUAGUACUCCUAAGGUAGUGUUUGACUUAGAAAGUCUAGAUAACGCAUCUAAAGAGAUUUUCUAUAGCAUGAAACAGAAACUCUCUUCCCAAGAGAUAGAGAAUCUCUAUCUUAGAGAGAAAAGAGCUAGUAUGGAAGAUAAAAGAAGUCAGGAUUUGGUGCAAACUGAAGAAAGAACGAUGCUAGAUAGCGAAGAAGAAGUAGAGGGAACUAACCAUACAUUAGAAGAGAAUAAUAAGACAGACGAGAAGAAGCCUGAUACCUAA